CAAUUUUGAGCCCAACUACUUUGUUUUAAUUUUUUUCCUUGAAUUAUCUUUUUUGAGUACGAAUUUCACCUUUAAAAUACUCAAAACUCCUCCUCCCCCAUUGGAUUGGAUUUUCUAGCGUAGCUAGGUUAUGGGAUGCUUUCUGGUGAUUGGGACGAAGUCUUCGGGGUCAAUUCACUGCCGUGCUUGAGCUGCAAAUUCCUUCAUUAUUUCAUCAUCUCAAACAUCCAUAUUUAGCGAUUCUUGUAUUCUAAUUCCCAUCCCCUUUUGCCCAAUUAAAUUGCUGUGAACAGUGGACGUUUGGCUGCCUAGAAAGUUCAGAUCGAUGGCGGCUGUUUCUUUCAUUCCGUUUGUGGCCUUGUAUUUCCUGUCUCAUCCCGCUGUUUCUGCUCAUGAUAACAGCAACAAUAAUAUCAAGAUUAGUUGUCCCAAGUCGUUUCGCUGCGGAAAUUCCGGACCACAGCUUUAUUUUCCUUUCUCCAAUAUCUCCAAUCCCCAGUGCGGCCUGUGCACUGUGUUUUGCGGUAAUCACGAACAUCCUGUAUCAGGAAUCAAUUUUGGAAGUGAAGAAGCAUUUCAGAUAACUGACAUCUUAUCCACGCCCAGCGGUUACGGCAGUGUUAAAGUCCAAGUCUAUGACCCAGAGUUCACAAAACGUUUACUUGCCGGCGAUUGCAGUGGCUUCAGGAAUUUCAGCUUACCCAAUUCUCCUUCUAUUUCCUUCACUAUCCCUCGCAAUCUCACCACCCUCUUCAAGUGCAGGAAAAGCUAUCCACUUAGCCCUUCAGCACAUGAUGAGUCUUUAAACUACACAGGCUGUCAUGAUUUCAAUUUGUACUACAACAAGCAUCUACCAGAUGAUCAUCACAAUGUUUCUGCUUCUGCCGAUUCUUUUCAUGGCUGCGACACCAUUUUUCGGCCUUUGACUUCGACGCCAUCUAAAAAGAAAACUGAAACUGGUGAGAACAAUGACGAUCUAUUAAAACUAUUGAAUGGUGCCUUUAAUAUCGAAUUGCAAGCGUCCGAGGAUUGUCUCAAAUGUCACGGGAGAGGAGGCCAAUGCCUGACCACCAGCACAAAAUUUCACUGCACAGCAAAAAACGGGCCAAACCUCAAACUGAUCCUUCCCUUGGUCACUGUCGGAGCCCUUGCCAUUUGCUUGAUUAUUGUAUUGAUUAUCUGUCGAUACAAAAGACGGAAGUAUGUCUCUUCACAUCUGUUGUCAAGGAACAUUUCCGCCGAUACUUCAGCUGAGAUUGAAUUCAGCCGUGUCUUCUUCGGAGUUCCUGUCUUCAAAUAUGCUGAACUUGAACAAGCGACAGACAAUUUCCGUCCUUCCACUGAACUCGGAGAUGGAGGUUUUGGCACUGUCUACCAUGGGAUACUUCAGGAUGGAAGGGAAGUGGCAGUUAAACGCCUAUACGAACACAACUCGAGGCGCGUGAUGCAAUUCCUGAAUGAAGUCGAAAUCCUAACCCGCCUGCGCCAUCGCAAUCUUGUUUCCCUCUAUGGCUGCACUUCACGCCACAGCCGGGAACUGUUGCUUGUUUAUGAGUACAUUCCUAAUGGCACUCUGGCCGAUCACAUCCAGGGCGACCGGGCCAAGGAUGGCUUGCUCACAUGGCCUAUUCGGAUGAGCAUAGCCGUGGAAACUGCCAGUGCAUUGGCUUACCUCCACGCUACUGAUAUCAUCCACCGUGAUGUCAAGACUGACAACAUACUACUCGACAACAGUUUUUCUGUCAAAGUUGCUGAUUUUGGGCUUUCAAGACUCCUCCCAACCGAUGUGACACACGUCUCUACAGCUCCACAGGGGACUCCCGGCUAUGUUGAUCCGGACUAUUACCAAUCUUACCAACUUACUGAUAGGAGUGACGUUUAUAGCUUUGGAGUUGUGCUCGUUGAGCUCAUAUCAUCCAUGCCUGCCGUUGACAUUAGCAGACAUAGGCAUGAGAUUAAUUUGGCUAACUUAGCAAUAAACCGAAUCCAGAACCGUGCAUUCAAUGAGCUGAUUGAUCCUUCUCUUAUGUAUGAGUCAAACACUUCAGUCGAAAGGAUGACUACGUCAGUGGCAGAGGUGGCUUUUGGAUGCCUACAACUCGAAAAGGAAAUGAGGCCAAGCAUGAAUGAAGUUCUGGAGGCUUUGAAGGAAAUUCAAGAUUACAAAGACGAGGAGAACAAUGGGGAGCAAAUUGACAAUUCAGAGCCCUUAAAUCAUAGAUGGCCUCAUCCUUCCCCUGAGGGUGAUGAUGCUGUGUUGUUGAAGAGUGGCAAGGUGCCACCCUCACCCGAUUCUGUAGCCAAUGCUCACAGAUGGGUUAGUGGCUCUUCCACAUCCAUUUCCAGUGGCUAAGGCUUCAUUUUCAAACACCAAAAAAAGGAGUCUCCAGUGCACAAGGAUCGGGCUCGUGGUUCACCAGUGAGUUGUUUGAUUUUGUUUUCUCCUCAUCUACUUGUUUUGAUAUUGACACAUAUGAUAUCAAGAUAUUAUACUGGCUGAUGUAUAUAGUAUAGAGCUCCCAUUUGUAUAUGCAGAGUUUUGUUUGAAGAUUACAGAAGUUUUAUCUCAUCUUUGAUUGCGUUUCCCUUUCCUUCUGGCGAAGGGAAAUAGAUGAAAAUGAAGGGGGAAAACACUGACAUUGGAUUUAUUUUUUAAAUGCUGAUAUGAAUGUUGCAGUGAAUAAUUGAUUCCCAAGGCGAAACCAGAAAAUUGCGAAGGUUUUGGGUCUUGCGUUCAAGGAAUUGGCACCUGUAAUGUUACUGUUCAAAUAAAUACUGUAAGAGCUUAGUAGAAGACGAACAGAAAAUGAGGCCUUAGAAUUUAUGAAGAAUGGUGUUGGUGGCACCUAGAACAGAAAGAUAAACCGAAGCUGUUUUGCUAAAUUUUGGUUUGGACGAGUUGAAUUGGAGAAACAAAGAGGAGAACAGUAAGGUUAAAUGAUAUAAAUAGCAAGGCUGCAGAAUACCAUAAUAAGUUUGCAUUUAUGAUGUGCGCAUUUGACAGAACAACAAUUUCUGUGAAGGGUUGUGAAUGGCUUCAGGUAAGAAUUUCAUGCCAGUUUUUAUAGCUUUGCUUCAAGUUAAACAUAUUAAUGUACCUAAAUUUUGUAAGUGGAUUCUGUAUAUUUCAUAUCAAUAAAAAGAAGAAGAUAAUUCUGUAAAUUCUGAGACGGAAAGAAGAAGGUAAUUUUAGCAAUUAAAGUGAUUGAGGUAAGAAAAUCUUUACUUCAAAUCCCUGUGGUUUUGUUGACACUGCACUCACAAUCUUACAUUCAAAAGCUUUCAUACUGUAUGAUUCGUUAUUUCAUAUGAUUUAUCUUAAUUGACAGAUUUGUUCACUACUUACCUUAAAUUAGAAGUGUGAACUUGAUGAUUGUUCAUUUCUAUGUAAAGGGGAGAAGGAUGUGAAAUAUGGAACACAAAAAGGUCUGGCCAAAUAUUCCGGGGAUUUGCAUUUUGUGUGAAAUUGUUGAACACUUGAACUAACCUGUAUCGUGUGCAGCGUGCUUGAUGCAACGGCAUGCGUUUGCGGGUGGUGUCAGUGGUCUGUAUUUUCUGCCAAGUUUCAUGGUUCAUGAGUGUUCUGCUACCUCACACAAACACACAUAUUUAUUAUUAGUUUGGGGAGCUGGUUGUUGAUGAGAAGCAUGAAGAAUUGCUGUAAUUCAUUUCAUUUCACAAAUUGUAAAGAUUGUAUGAACUUGUAAUAUAGGUGUAACGUCUGAUGAUUUCCAGUCUUGUGAGCAAAUCAUGUUGCAACUACACCACCACCCAGCUACCCUAUUUCAUAGAUACAAGACCAUGUCCUUGGAUUUUCUUGGUUUAAAGGGAAUGUGUAUAUUUA